AUGGGAUGGACGGUGGAGUCUGUGGUCGAACCACCACCCGAGCAGGUUACGGACCCUCUCCCUGCUGAGGAGACCCCGGGAGAAGUGGCUACGCUUCCACCAGGGGAGAAUGCUGCUGUUGAAAGGGAAACUCCCACCUGGUUGGAAAUGCCUAAGAAGCAGAACAAAGGCGUCCUGUUAGCGGCGAGAGGAUGGGUGAAGCCGGCUGAUCCCGAGCCCUUCCAUUACAUUUUCGACACCGUGCUAUUGCUACGGCCUCGGCUACAGGAGGAGGGCCUGGGUUAUGAAGACUUGGUCUUGGCUGACGCUGUGUUGCGUAUGUGCUUUUCGGAUGAACUAUCUCGGAGUAGGCCUGUGGCCAAGUAUGCCGGGAGGCUCUGGCCGUUGGCGGAUAUGAAAGGAGUGUUCACCACGAUAGGGAAGGAUCUCAAGGCUCUUCCCGCCGACUUGGAACCUAUGCAUUGGGUACGCCUCAUACAAGCCCUUGUGGAGUCGGAAAGACGCCACGAGGAAGGGGCCGAUCAGAAUGAAGACGAAGGUUCUGCUACAUGA